AUAAGCACGAGGUAUUUUCUGCAUUCGUCAUGUCGACGAGCAAAGUGGCGGCGGUGGUGUGUGCUGGCGCGGCGCUGAGGGUGGGUCUGUUUGCAUGUGGACUGGAUGCCUUUGCCCAGAACCGACUUGAGUAUGUUACGCCACUGAACUCUUUGCUGAGGCUCCAAGAAGGCCACUUUCUCUACAAAGCGGGGGUGAAUCCAUACGCAGGGGACACGUUCCACCAACCGCCGUUGGUGCUUGCGGUCUACACGUUGCUUGACGCGCUGACGGUGUUCCACAUCUCGUUGCGCACAUGUUUGAUCGGAUGGACCAUCUUCAUGGACGUUGUGAUUGCGUUGGGGUUUGCCUCAAUGUGCCGUGCGUUCCUGUCGAGCCAAGGGGAGCAGCAAUGCGAGCGCAGCAAGAUCUGGCUCAACCAUCCGCCAGUGUCGUCCCUGCUUGCGCCCGAGAUGCUGCCAGCCACGACGGCAGCCAUGUUCUUGUUCAAUCCGUACUCGGUCAUUUCGUCGUUGGCGCUGUCGACUAGCCUGGUGACUUAUGCUUCGAUCGUGUGGAGUUUCUCGUUCGCCGUACAAGGCUUGCUUGUCCACGCCAUCGUUCUCCUUGCGCUGGCCACGUACUUGAGCGUGUACCCCGUUGUGCUGGUCGUGCCCGUGCUGCUCAUGAUACAUCAAGCAAGAUCGGCAGCUUCGUUUUCCACGCCUGACCAACCGACGCGUGUGCCGCUGCCACGUGUCUUGCUUUCCAUUGGCUUGUUUCUCACCAGCGUCGGGGGAUUUGUCGGCGUGUCGUUCGUGUAUAUGGGUCGCACUUGGGACUUUCUUAGGGCCACGUACGUGUGGAUGCACGAGUACCCAGACUUGACGCCCAAUAUUGGCAUCUUUUGGUACUUCUUCAUGGAACUGUUUGACCGAUUUCAAUCGUACUUUUUGGUGCUGCUGCACCUACACCCGUACUUGUACGUGUUGCCGCUGUUCAUUCGCCUUCGCGCUCGACCGUUGGCAUUUGCAUGUGUGCUGCUCGCCCUCGUGUCCAUCUUUCAGCCGUACCCGUCGUUGGGGGACAUUGGGUUUGCCCUCCCGUGCUUUCUACUCCACCCGAGUUCGAUCAUCGGUAUUGUGAAGUUCUGAUUGGUUGAAAAUCUACUUGUCCAUUCUGUAAGAGCCAAUCAAAUCCACUUAAAAAAUUGGAGUAGCCAAUAGCAUCGAUUAUUCGUGCUGUACCGAAUAUCCACAAUAUUGUGUAGGAUUAUUUCUUUCAAUCAUGUCAUUGAAAUCGGCUGGUCUUAUUCUACGUCAAUGUUGUAUGUGUUGGCAUCAUCUACAUAUUUUGAAGCAGCAGCAGCAGCAUGCAUGGUUCAUUUACACGUUUGGUGAAACGAAAGUUUAGUGUCGGGAAACAUGCGUAUCUAUCUCAUAUACAUGCAGGCAUGCCGACCAAGUUUGUGCUCGCGGCGGGCCUCGGCGUCGCCACGGUGCUGCUGCCCGUGAUGGGCUUUCUGUGGCUUUACCCUGGUUCUGGCAACGCCAACUUUUUCUACAACCAAACGCUCGUGUUUCAGUACUUCUACCUGCGCGGGAUUGGGCAGUUCUUGGCCGCGACCUUGCGCCGUGACAAGCAACUCGACGAACAUGUCAAGCUGAACCGACCCAAAUUAACCUAACAAGCGAAAACACAUCAUUUUGUCGAAA